AUGGUACCUAACGAUGAGCAAAAUGUUUUUAUUUACAGAAAUAUUUGGAAGAUAAAUGGAAAUGCUGAAACAGACCAAAAGCACGAGCAAUCGGUUGGAAAAACAAAAAUUCGACAUUGCUCCGGGGUAAGGGAACCUGAAAUUCUAAGCAUUUUUAUCUAUGGAAAUGGUGUAGAAGCAUGGAAAACAACAUUAAAUUAUUAA